GCCAACCCAAAAGCCAACAAAAACAUCUUGAGCUACUAGCGUCGAUAUUUCCCAGACUCCCCCAUUUAUACUGAACUUCCACUCUCUUUAAUCUGUACUCUGCAAACUCUUUCUCAUACAAACGAAGCCUCCAAACCAUGAACUCCCUUUUUGCAGUUUUCCUCUUCCUCAUUCCCAUAUUCCUUCUCCUUACGAGAAGAAAAAAGUCAUCCGAUAGACUUCCGCCGGGAUCAUUAGGACUACCCCUGAUAGGCCAGAGCCUUGGUCUUCUCCGAGCCAUGCGUGCCAACACUGCUGAGAAAUGGCUUGAACAAAGGAUAAAAAAAUAUGGUCCAGUUUCGAAGCUAAGUCUCUUUGGCAAGCCAACAGUCUUCAUCCACGGACAAGCUGCAAACAAGUUCGUAUUCACCAGUGAUGGGAGCACUAUUUCCAGCCAACAGACUGAGUCUAUUCGUAGGAUUUUGGGGGAACGGAGUAUAUUUGAGCUGAGUGCCGAGGAUCACAAGCGUGUAAGGAGUGCUCUUAUGCUGUUUUUAAAGCCCGAGUCACUGAAGCAAUAUGUGGGGAAAAUGGAUGAAGAAAUCAGGGAGCACCUUGAAAUGCAUUGGCAUGGAAAACAACAAGUAACAGUCUUGCCCCUGAUGAAGAACCUCACGUUCAACAUAAUAUGCUCUCUACUUUUUGGGCUUGAACGAGGAACCCGCAGAGACGAAUUCGUCGAGUGUUUCCAAACAAUGAUAGAAGGAAUGUGGUCAGUGCCAGUUAACUUUCCCUUCACGCGUUACAACAGCAGCCUCAAGGCAAGCAAGAGGGUUCAAAACAUGCUCAAGCAACUUAUACGUGAAAAGAGGGUAGAGCUUCAGCAAAAAAAAGCUUCUCCACAACAAGACCUCAUCACUUGCUUCCUCAGCAUCCGAAAUGAUGAAGGCAAAGAAGAAUUAACAGAAUUGGAGAUGGUGCAAAAUGUCAUGGUAGUCAUGAUUGCAGGACAUGACACUUCAUCUGUUCUGAUUACUUUCCUUUUGCGGCUUCUAGCUAAUGAACCAGUUGUUUAUGCAUCCCUUCUUCAAGAGCAGGAAGAAAUAGCUAGAAGCAAAUCGGCAGGAGAGUUUCUAACAUGGGAAGAACUUGCCAAAAUGAAAUACACAUGGAGAGUAGCACAGGAAACUCUGAGGAUGACUCCUCCUGUCUUUGGUGGCUUCAGGAAUGCUAUCAAAGAUAUUGAGUUCGGUGGAUUCCUCAUUCCUAAAGGGUGGCAGAUAUUCUGGGUUGCUCCUAUGACCCACAUGGACGAUAGCAUAUUCCCAGAGCCAUCAAAGUUUGAUCCAAGUAGGUUCGACAAGCAAGCAUCAGUUCCGCCCUACUGCUUUAUACCAUUUGGAGGGGGACCUCGAGUAUGUCCAGGAUAUGAGUUUGCCAGGAUAGAAACCCUUAUUGCAAUGCACCAUAUUGUAACUCAAUUCACCUGGAAGCUAAAUGCAGACAAUCACUUCAGUAGGGAUCCAAUGCCAGUCCCUACUGGAGGACUUCCUAUUGAAAUCAUGCCUAGAACAUGAUUUGGAACACUGAAGUGCUUUACCAACUCAAAUAGUUGUUAUGCUUGUUCAGAACAUGUGCCCACGGUGUUGUAACAUAUUGAUUAUAUAUAAUUAUAUGAUUACGGAACUGUUCUAAAAUUUCAAUGAAGCCCUCCUCCCCAAGCUGCUACUGCUUUUCUUGA